ACCAGAGGAUUCUUGGUAUUGUAUUGUAAAACAGUCUCCAUAUUUGGAUGUAUUUCUUCUUAUUUACGCUAGAUGCAGGGAUCUUUUGGGAUAGUGGAUUACAGGUCGAGAACAGUUUUGUUGCCUUGACGCCUUGUACAGCACAAACUUCAAAGAGUAUUUUAAGUGCGAUUUUUGAAACUCAUCCUACUAUCCUUCAUUCUCGUACUAAGCAAACGUGUCGAGAACAGUUUUGUUGUCUUGACGCCUUGUACAGCAGUAAUUCAGAGUCUUUGCACACACUUCAAACAGUAUUUUAAGUGCGAUUUUUGAAACAUAUCCUACUAUCCUACAUUCUCCUAUUAGGCGAACGUGGUCUGCUUCGUGUCCGCCAGAGCUGACCCGGGUAAACUCCAGGCUCCCGCAGACCAGAGCGGACUUUGAAAACAUAUGCAGGGUCCGGUCAACACAGUUUUAUUGCCUUGACGCCUUGUACAGAAUUGUUUCAGAGUCUUCGCUCACACAUUAAAGCGUAUUUUAAGUGCGAUUUUUGAAACUCAUGAUGUAUCCUCCAUUCAUAUACUAAGGGAACGUAAAAUCUUGUUGAUACUAUAUCCGAGAAAGGAUGUCUUUAUCAAAAUAUAAAUCGAAUCGGGGGACUACACAUUUAGCCCGAAUUGCCCGGGCGUUACUGGGUCCCUGCAUUGAUUUACUGCGCGAAGUUCUCGCAAAAGAGAUAUCUCCGCCUGACUUGGAAAGGAAAGUUAAAGAUUACAUACGUGAAAAAAGAAAACCUUCUAUCAGCGAAAAACAAAAACAGCUCGUCUAUAGCAAAAUAUACUCCGACUUUGACAUUACGUUGCUCUAUUUCCUCUUACGUAACGUUUGUUCAAUUUCUCCACACAAAAACAAAUGGGGGAACGAUCCAGAAAAUACUGAUAACAGUGUGUCAGCAAACAUAGAACGAGUUCGUAUUUCAAGAAACGAAUGGUAUGGACAUGCUACGGACUUUUCUCUCUCAGACUCAGAUUUUGAACGAAAGUGGAAACAUAUUUCUCAAAUUGUAAAAGAGUUGGAAUGUUAUCUGGGGACUGGAACUAAGUACCAGGACACUCUGAUCAAAUUAAAAACUUGUGUUAUGGACCCUGAAUCGAUAGAGCUCUACAUAGAUACACUGUUGACUGAUAUUGCAAAUCUGAAAGAAGGUUUUGGAGAGUUACAGACUAAUGUUGCAAACAUAAAAGAGAGUUUUGGAGAGUUACAGGCUGAUGUUAUAUACAUGAGAGAGGGUUUUGGAGAGUUACAGACUGAUGUUACAAAUCUGAAAGAAUCACGAAUUGAAAAGGCCAUAUUCGAUCAAUGGAAACAAGACGAAGUCUGUUUUAUUUUAACAAAGGCGUGUGAAGAAGUAGAAAAAUUAAUUAUAAACAGGAACCUUGUUAUUGUGGCUGGUCACUCAGGAUCUGGAAAGUCAGCCAUCAUUCAACAUAUUGCGCUCAAAUACAGAGAACAGGGCUGGACCGUAAAACGAGUAAAAAAGGUAGAAGACAUCGUGGAUGAAUAUUCUUCAAGUCGAUUUAAAGAUAAAACUAUUUGUGUUUUUAAUGAUCCAUUGGGAAGAGAAUAUUUUGAUGAAAUUUUGAAUAAUUCAUGGCAAACAUACGAGGAGGAAUUACAGUUAUACUUGAAAACAUCAAAAAUUGUGAUGUCGUGUAGAAAUCACAUUAUUUCUGAUGCUAGAGUGACACAUAAUCUCGUGAAAAAAUCACAUAUCAUAAACAUCGAUGUGAACAAAAAUAAACUAUCUGUUAAAGAAAAGCGGGAGAUUUUGAACAAAUAUACGUCUGAUAUGAAUUUAUCCGACAAAGAUCGUCAUAAGAUCGUUGAAGUAGAGAGGUAUUUCCCGUUAUUGUGUAAAUUAUAUUCUAGCAAAGAGGAGUACAAAAAUAAGGGUCUUGAAUUUUUUACAGAACCUGUAACUGUGCUGAAAGAGGAAAUACUUGGGUUCAGAAAAAAAGACAGGGGUAAAUAUUGUGCUUUGGCCCUCCUUGUUCUUUUUAACGAUGAUCUUUGUUUAAGUGAUAUCUUAAAAAAUAAAGACACGGAAAAAAAAUUCAAGCAUACGUUAAAACUUUGUGGAUUACCAGAAAACACGCCACCUUUUGAUAUUGGAGACAUCCUUAACUCCAUGAAAGACUUUUAUGUCAAGAAAGUUGAGGAAACGUAUAAUUUUUAUCAUGAUUUUGUGAUGGAAGUUACUACUCAUGUGUUUGGAAUAGAUUAUCCCACAGAAAUAGUAGACUACGCUGAUAUCGGCUUCAUUAAAAGAAGAGUGAAAUUAGGAAAUUCUGACAAACACGACGAAUCGUUCACUAUUUAUCUGAGUGACAAAUACAUUGAAAAUCUUGGAGAAAGGCUUUUUACAGAACUGUUUGGAGAACGACUGUUAGAUGUCGUACUCAAUCCCUGUCUCAGGAAUGAAAACGUAAUUAAAGUACUGAUACAAAAGAUAGCAGAUCACCCCAAAAAUCAUCAAAUGUUGUUAGAAACCAAGAACGUUACAAUUGAUAAACGAGAACUUCACCGGAUAUCUAAAAACUUUGUUUUGACUAAACUUUCCUUUUUGAAUUUAGAAAGGAAAAUAUCGCCACUUUUUGCUCUCAUUGCAUUUUGUCAUACACAACUUUCAAAAUAUUGCUUAAACUACCUACAAAAAAUGCAAACUAAUUUUAUCGAAUAUAUUCCUGCACUGUGUUGCAAUGGUUCAAUAGAAUUGUUUUCUUCUGCCUCAAAAGACCAUGCAGAAGGAUCGUUGAAAAAAACAUGGGGAAAACUUUAUCCUAUUCACAUUGUAUCUGCGUUCCAUAAUUAUGAAUUAUUUGCUGAGUUGAUUAAGAUAGGCGUAAACGUCAAUAAAAAGACUGACGGUAACAGUUUUUGGACGCCUCUUAUGUUAGCAGCUGGUAACAAUACUGAAAACGAAAAUAAUAACAAUAGAGAAUCAGGUGCAGAAAGAAGAGAUAAAACUGUACAACUUUUACUGAGUAAUGGAGCAGACAUUAAUUUAUGCACGAAAAACGGAACCAGUCCGCUCUAUAAAGCUUGUCAAAACGGACAUGAUAGCACUGUGCAACUUUUACUGAGUAAUGGAGCAGAUAUCAAUUUAUGUAAUAAGGACGGAGAGAGUCCUCUCUUAAUAGCUUGUUUUAACGGACAUGAUAGCAUUGUACAACUUUUACUGAGUAAUGGAGCAGCCAUUAAUUUAUGCAAGAAAAGCGGAGCCACUCCUCUCUAUGUAGCUUGUCAAAACGGACAUGAUAGCACUGUACAACUUUUACUGGGUAAUGGAGCAGACAUUAAUUUAUGUGAGGAUGACAGAGUCAGUCCUCUCCAUAUAGCUUGUCAAAACGGACAUAAUAGCACUGUACAACUUUUACUGAGUAAUGAAGCAGACAUUCAGCUAUGCCUGAAGGACGGAAUCAGUCCUCUUACUGCAGCUUGUUUCGACGGACAUGAUAGCAUUGUACAACUUUUACUAAGUAAUGGAGCAGACAUUAAUUCAUGCAAGAAAAACGGAGCCAGUCCUCUCUAUAGAGCUUGUGAAAACGGACAUUAUAGCACUGUACAACUUUUACUGAGUAAUGGAGCAGACAUUAAUUUGCGUAUGGAGAACGGAGCAAGUCCUCUCUAUAUAGCUUGUCAAAACGGACAUGAUAGCACUGUGCAACUUUUACUGGGUAAUGGAGCAGACAUUAAUUUGUGUAUGGAGGACGGUGCCAGUCCUCUCUUUAUAGCUUGUCAAAACGGACAUGAUAGCACUGUACAAAUUUUACUGAGUAAUGGAGCAGACAUUAAUUUAUGUAAAGAGUACGGAGCCAGUCCUCUCUAUAUAGCUUGUCGAAACGGACAUGAUAGCACUGUGCAACUUUUACUGGGUAAUGGAGCAGAUAUUAAUUUGUGUACGGAGGACGGUGCCAGUCCUCUCUAUAUAGCUUGUCAAAACGAAUAUGAUAGCACUGUACAAAUUUUACUGAGUAAUGGAGCACACAUUAAUUUGUGUAUGGAGGACGGUGCCAGUCCUCUCUAUAUAGCUUGUCAAAACGGACAUGAUAGCACUGUACAACAUUUACUGAGUAAUGGAGCACACAUUAAUUUAUGCAAGAAGAACGGAGCCAGUCCUCUCUUAAUAUCUUGUUUUAACGGACAUGAUAGCACUUUACAACUUUUACUGAGUAAUGGAGCAGACAUUAAUUUAUGUGAGGAGAACGGAGCCAGUCCUCUCUAUAUAGCUUGUUUUAACGGACAUGAUAGCACUGUACAACAUUUACUGAGUAAUGGAGCAGACAUUAAUUUAUGUGAGGAGAACGGAGCCAGUCCUCUCUAUAUAGCUUGUCAAAACGGACAUGAUAGCACUGUACAACUUUUACUGAGUAGUGGGGCAAACAUUCAGCAUUGCUUGGAGGACGGAACCAGUCCUCUCUAUAUAGCUUGUCAAAACGGACAUGAUAGCAUUGUACAACAUUUACUGAGUAAUGGAGCAGACAUUAAUUUGUGUAAGGAGGACGGUGCCAGUCCUCUCUAUAUAGCUUGUGAAAACGGACAUUAUAGCACUGUACAACAUUUACUGAGUAAUGAAGCAGACAUUAAUUUUUGCAAGAAAAACGGAGCCAGUCCUCUCUUAAUAGCUUGUUUAAACGGACAUGAAAGCACUUUACAACUUUUACUGAGUAAUGGAGCAGACAUUCAGCUUUGCAUGGAGGAUGGAGCCAGUCCUCUCUUUAUAGCUUGUUUUAACGGACAUGAAAGCAUUGUACAACUUUUACUGAGUAAUGGAGCAGACAUUAAUUGUUGCGAGAAAAACGGAGUGAGUCCUCUCUUAAUAGCUUGUCAAAACGAACAUGAUAGCACUGUGCAACUUUUAUUGAAUAAUGAAGCAGAAAUUAAUUUAUGUACGAAUGAUGGAGUCAGUAUUUUAUUUCUUGCUUUUGUUUUGAGACUUUACAAAAUUGUAAAUAUUUUACUCAACAAUGGCGCAGACACUAGUCUGGCUUGCGGAUGGGAAGUCAAUCCCGCCUUGGUUGAUUGCUUUGAUAAACAGGACUGCACAGUGGUAUUUUUAAUGCAGAAAGACAACAUUCAAAAUAAUUUGUACGACCCGGAUUCCUAUUUUUCUCUUUUUGUAUCAUGUCAGGUGGAAAGAGUGACAAGAAUGAUAUUUAAAAACUAGUGUAAAUGGUUUCGGAUUCCGUGUUUGAAAGCUUUAAAAUACAGUAACUGAAGAAAAUUUGGCCAAAAGAAAUCGAAAGAUAUUCUUAUUUUAAUUGAUUUUAUUACUCAUAUAGUAUGGGUGAAACGUCUCUUAUGAGAAUACCUAUCAUUGCCGAUAAGCGUUGUCGACUACUUUGUACUGGAUGAAUAUAUAUAAAAUUGUCUCACGAAGAGUAUAUCUGCAUUUACAGCCAUCGACGUAAAUAAUAUUAAUUCACAUUUAGCAGAACCAUAUUACUUGUAACAUAUAUGUCUUGUGAAUUGAGGAAAUAAAUUGAUGGGAAGAAAUGUA